AACGCGCCGCCGGCAGCCGGGUGACACCGCGCCGCAGGUCCCUCCCCUCCCGCCUCGCUCCUCCCGCUGCAGGCCUCGCCCCUCCCGGCGCGGGGCGCCGUGCCCGGUGUUCCCGCUCCGCCGGCCGCUGCCGCCAUCGCUAUGAAGUGCCACUACGAGGUGCUGGGUGUGAGGCGCGACGCCGCCGAGGAGGAGCUGAAACGGGCGUACCGCCGGCUGGCGCUGCGCUGGCACCCGGAUAAAAACCUCGAGAACGCGGAGGAGGCAGCGGAGCAGUUCAAGUUGAUCCAGGCGGCGUACGACGUGCUCAGCGACCCACAGGAACGGGCCUGGUAUGAUAAUCACAGGGAGGCUCUGCUAAAAGGGGGAGUUGAUGGAGACUUUCAAGAUGAUAGCUUAGAUCUGCUGCACUAUUUCACUGUUAGCUGUUACUCUGGAUAUGGAGAUGAUGAAAAGGGAUUCUUUACAGUCUAUCGACAAGUUUUUGAGAAGAUUGCGAAGGAAGAGUUGGAAUAUAUGACACAGGAAGAUAGUGAAGAAUUCCCUAUGUUUGGAUAUUCCCAUAGUGACUAUGAUACGGUAGUCCACCCUUUCUAUGCAUAUUGGCAGAGUUUCUGUACUCAGAAAAACUUUGCUUGGAAAGAAGAGUAUGACACACGACAAGCCUCAAACCGCUGGGAGAAACGAGCUAUGGAAAAAGAGAACAAGAAAACGAGAGAGAAAGCAAGGAAAGAGAGGAAUGAACUGAUCCGUCAGCUAGUAGCCUUUAUUCGUAAAAGGGAUAAAAGAGUACAGGCUCACAGAAAACUUGUAGAAGAACAAAAUGCAGAAAAAACAAGGAAAGCAGAGGAAUUUCGAAGGCAACAGAAGCUAAAACAAGCCAAGCUUGCUGAGCACUACAAAGAGCAGAGCUGGAUAACUAUGUCAGAUCUGGAGAAAGAGCUGCAAGAGAUGGAGGCACAAUAUGAAAAGGAAUUUGGAGAUGGAUCAGGUGGUGAAGAUGAAUUAGAAGAACAGGAGACAAAAGGCAUUGAAGACAAACUGAAUAAUGAAACUGAAGAAGCUGAACUUGCUGAUGGUCUAUACUGCCCUGCUUGUGACAAAUUGUUAAAAACUGAGAAAGCCAUGAAGAAUCACGAAAAAUCAAAGAAGCAUCGAGAGAUGGUAUCGCUGUUACGACAGCAAUUGGAAGAGGAGGAAGGGAAAUUUCCUGUGUCUUUGGAUGAUGCAGAUGGAAUACAGACCAAAGAGGAGGAAGAAACAGAAGGCAUACCCAAACAGAAGCUCUCAAAGAAACAAAGGAAGAAGCAGAAAACAAUGAAGAGUUAUGAGGACUCUUUUGAUCAAAGUGCUGAUGAAGAAAGAGUUGAACAAAAGGAAGUGCCCAGCAUGGAGAAGGACAGGGGCUCAACAGAGGAGUUGGUAAAUGAUGGCCAAAGAUGUGCUGUGUCAGAGGACACAGGCAUUACAGAUGGUGUCAGCCAAGAGAAUGAAACAAAAAGUGAAGCAAAAAGCAGCACUAAGCCUAAAGGGAAAAAAGCCAAGGAAGCAAAAAAGUCUGAUAAAGUGUCUUCAGAGAGCUCAACAACGAAUGAAGUUCCCAUCUACUGUGUAACCUGCAACUGUGCAUUUCCAUCCCGAAAUAAAUUGUUUGAACACCUGAAAGCCACAGGACAUGCAAGAGCAACAACAACGCCGACUGUAAACGGAGCUGUGAACGCCAAAAACAAAAAAGAGAAACGUAAAAACAGAUAGAACUUUGCUAUAGUCACAGUCUUUAGAAUUGUACAUUAACACUCCCACAAAACUGAAACAUGCACACUGCCUGUGUCUGGAGUUAAACAAAGGCAAGUACCAAUGUAGGAAAAAAAUGAAGACGCACAAAAGGAAUACUGUCUUGUGGAAGACUCUGUACUUUCUUCUGUUCUUAACAGCCUUCCUUUAGUCAUAGAAUGGUUUGGUGUCAUGGCACAGGUGCAUGUUCCUUCCCCCAACCCACCUUGUCCAAAGCCCUGAGCAGCUUUCAUACCACGAGUGGGGAAAUAGUAACUCAAAUCUACUCACCCUGUGUUCCUGUAGAACCUGCAUGGAUUAUCUCCACACAGAGGAAAUAAUAAAUUAUUUUGACACA